AUGAUCAGUUACUGUUUUGUUUACGGCGUGUUAGCAAUAGCCGGACUCAUAGGUAAGUUUAGACAUCAAUAAAAGUUUUCAGGUUUGUAUUGCAAAACCUGCAGUUGAAACGCAUGAGGAUGACAGUGACAUUUAAUCAUUAAUUGGACACCUGAAAGAACGUGAAGAAAAAGAUAAAGGCGGCGGCAAAAAUCCUUCAAAUAUACUGCAGUCGAUGUAUACUAUGUUUCAUAAUCAGUUUUGGUGGGGUCUGUUAUGUUUAACUAUAUAUAUAUAUACUUUUUCAAUUAUACUAUUUUGUGCAUAGUUGUGGAAUAGUAUAUAUAGUUAACUCUAAAAAAUGCAAUUCUGAUUGCAUGGUUAAUAAACUGUAGUUAACUUCAAUUAACGACUACCUGUUUACUUUAUACAACCAACUGAAUCAGAUGAUAUGCAUUAGAGGUGUGCAAAUCCGAUCCGAAUCCGAUCCGAUUAUUUCGGAUUUCGGAACAAAAAUAUACAUUUCGGAUCGGAUUGAUAAAGUUGUUUCGUAGUCGGAUCGGACUUCGAUAUUCGAAAUAAAAUGAAUUAAUUAUCCACGCAUUAUUGCAAGAAUUAAUUAUCCAUGCAUUUAUCAAAGCAACAUCGCGGUUGCCGCUGCAUUUUUAAUUCGUUUGAUAUACUUCAAUUGGACGUCAGUUUGUCAGCUUCUUGACAUGUAUUUCUUGUUUUUAUAUUUAUUUGGUUAAACAUUUCAACUUGAAUGAGAAAUUUAUUUUGUUAAAGGUUCUUCGGAUCGGAUCGGAUUGGAAUUCUUUAUCACAACUCGGAUUCAGAUUAGACAAUUUUGGAUCGGAUUUUAAACAUUAGCCAAUUGUCGGAUUAUAAACGUCCAAUCCGAUCCGAUGCACACCUCUAAUAUGCAUGCAUUUCGAGCUCUUGUACUUGACCCACUGACAUGACAGACUGCGAGCUUCUAUUUUCCUUCGUUUUAUAGUUUCACGGAAAAUAGAGGGAUUGCUCGCAGUCUACUGACACGAUAAUGCAUUGCAUUCGGUAUAUUUACUGCGUAAACGUCAAUCUCGUACCCAGAGCCAUCGUUGAAGCUCAACGAUGGCUCUGGGUUACUGGGUACGAGAUUAGCCCAAAAUUGACAAACCUGCCAGAGCCAGCUCAGUUUGCCAUUACUCUGGAACAUGUAACUUUGAUAUUGAUCUACAUUUCAGGGAACUUUAUGGUUCUUCUUGUGGUAAUAAGAAACAAUACUAUGCGCAAUGUUACCGAUGUCUUGAUUGCCCAUUUAUCCCUUUCUGACACUAUGCUGAUUGUUUUUUCAACGCCAGCUCUACUUCUGCAGGAAAUAGGCAGUGGCAGUUUUCAACCAGGAGAUAUUUUCCCGAAAAUUUGUGCUGGUGUCGUAAUUUUCUGUUCUGUUGUUUCAGUAUUUACAGUGGUGACCAUAGCAAUAGAAAGGUAAAAUGUUAAUUAAGUCUCAAUGAUUCGCAUGCAACCUCGUCCCCAGGCUCUUACCUCUUGUGGAGGAAAGACCCUGGUAGGAGCUGGUCACGUGAUCUGCUAAAACCUAGCAGAUUUCUAAUUAACUAUCUUGGAUUCCUUUUGUUGUCAUAAUUUAUGGGGGAAGGAGUUGGUAAAUGGGAGGGGGGGGGGGGCGAACAAAGUUUUAUCCUUAUAAUAGGGGAUCGGAAAGUUCUGUUAUUUAUAAUUGCAAAUCCCCUUUAGUUGAACAUUAUGAUUUAUAUGGAAUAUAACAUCAUGAUAUAUAUAUAUAAACAUUAUGAUAUAUAUAUAUAUAUAUAUAUAUAUAUAUAUAUAUAUAUAUAUAUAUAUAUAUAUAUAUAUAUAUAUAUAUAUAUAUAUAUAUAUAUAUAUAUAUAUAUAUACAAUGUUGAAAAAAAAUUUAUUAAUUUAACCUGACAAUACACCUUUGUAUCGUUUGUCCAACAUUGUUUGUGGGGAAGGGGGGCAAUGACCAAUUAGUUGACUCAAUAAUUUCUGCACUAGAUUGUAGGUUAAACAGAUUGACCUAACAUGUAACUUUACCUGCAAUACACACCUGUUUCAUUGCUGUUACUUUCCAAUCCAGGGGGGUGGGGCAAAAAGUUUGCCUUCAAUCUGGAAGGGGGGGGGGGUCAAAAAAGUUUUCAAUCCUUAUCCCCAUUUCCCAACCACCCUAUAAAUAAUGACCAUUCCUAAAAUCAAAUCAAACUUGCCAAACAAAAUGCAAGUUAUAAAUUACAGUAUAAAUAUCAGUCAAAUAUUUAUCCGAUCAUCCGAAUUAAAAAUCUACUAGAUCAGUUAGCAGACCAGCUCCUACCAGGGUCUUUCCUCCACAAGAAGUAAGAACCUGGGAACCAGGUUGAUUCGAAUGAGUAUAAUUAUAUGAAUUAUUUCAAUUAAGGUUGAAUGUCACAUAUUUGCAAAUAAUACAACGCUUUAAAUAAAUCGCUUGAUUGAGCAAAGAUACCCUUUGUGUACAGUUCUUAGGCUAAAGGUUCCUUUUAACUCACCGUAAAACCAACUCGCAAGCCCGCAGCCAGUACUUGUAUCUAAUAGUGAAAUAAACUGUCGAGCACUGUGAUUGGAUGAAAGUAUUCGCAGCGAGCUUGCGAGUCAGUUUUUGCGAUGAGUGGAAAAGAGAUUUACGAUGGAGAACUAUUUUCUUGACUUUGAGUUUCACAUGCUGGUUAGCACAAUUCCUCACGUUAUACAAAGUGAUACUUCUGGGCUUAAAAUCUCCCUGUGUGUAAAUUAUAAAAUAUGGAUAGUCAUUGCUAAGUCGUUUUGGCGCAUUUCGUUUGCAAAUUGACUACAGAAAUGCAGUCGAAUAGCUUCAAAAAUAAAGAUCUGUGGGUUUUUACCUUGGUUGGUUUUCUUUACAGAUACUUUGCCAUAGUACACCCACUGAAGCAGAUGACGCAAAAUAAGAAAAUUACAGUCGCGAUGUCCUUGAUCGUCAUUUGGUCGUGCGCAUUAAGUCAACUCAUCGUCAGGAAUACUGUCGCUGUGUUUAGAACUAAACACGCGCUACUCAACGAAACAAGUGGAGGAAUAAGUACUGCCUAUUCCAGGCUAGAUGACAAUAAACACAAAUACUACUUGAUUGCUAUAUUUCUACUGUAUAAUGUAUUUCCAUUUGUGCUUGUGUUUUACUUGUAUACGCAGAUCAUUAUGAAGCUUCGUAGCCGAGGGAAAGAACUAAGGGAGACAAAUGCGACAGUGAGCCAACGAAAUGAAUCUGUGACUAAAAAUCAACGCAAAACCAUUAUCAUGUUAGUUAUAGUGCCCGUCGUGUUCGUAGUAUGCGGAUGGCCAUUCACUAUACUUCAUCUAAUCUUGGCAUACAUGCCUGAAGUCAGUGAAGUGCAAAGUGUUGCAGUUAAACUCGCCGAUUCAUUGCUGAGAAUACUCGCUUUUAUUCCAAGCACCAUCAAUCCAAUAAUUUACAGUUUUUUCAGCGAGAAAUUCCGCGCUGGUUUUCGUCAAUUGUUUUCAAAGUAA